UGCAUAGUUAUUUCGCAACUGCCGUUGCAGUAUCGAAGAUACCAGAGCAUCGAGCAGAAGUAAAAGCAAAAGCGAAGUGCGUGUGUGUGUUUAAUUGAUUAUUCAAUAAAACGAAACUACGCCAUAAUACACUCUCGAAAAACAAGGCACACAUGUGUUUGUGUGCGUCACCAGUUGAAACAAAAACAAAAACAUAGACGUACAAUAAAGUAACAAUUUAUUUGGAAAAACAAUUCGUCAGCAAAAAAUUUUGAGAAUUCGAGAAACAGCUGGAGGAAUCCGGGCAUCGUCUAAACCUCUUGAAAUGGAGGCGACACUCAGCUCUGGAGGAUCGAAUGCCUCCAGCGAGUGCGCCAUGGAUGGCGGAACGAAUCGCUGUCGAGGCUUGGAGCCGAAUAAUGGCACCUGUACCCUCAGCCAGGAGGUAAAGGAUCUCUACAGGUCCCUCUACACCGCCUCCAAGCAACUGGAUGAUGCCAAGAAGAACGUCCAGACCGUGGGACAGCUAUUCCAGCACGAAAUCGAGGAGAAGCGCUCACUACUGGUUCAACUAUGCAAGCAAAUCAUCUUCAAGGACUACCAAUCGGUGGGCAAGAAAGUGCGCGAAGUGAUGUGGCGUCGUGGCUACUACGAGUUUAUCGCCUUCGUCAAGAAGAGCUGGCACAAACAGGGCCAGGAUGCGGCCACCGCCCAGGAGAACAUGCAGAAGCUAGAGCGAUUUCUCUGCGCCGGAAUAUUCAACUACAAGCGAUUGUCGGCCCGCAUGGAAGAAAUUUACGACCUGGAUCUCAAGUAUUUAAUUGAUUUUUCCAUCAUCAGCGAUGGCUACAUAAGCGACAUGAUCGGCGACUCCAUGGAGGUGUCGCAUUCGGGAACUCACGCGGUCGACAAGAGUCUGGAGGCGGUGUCCUUUGCUUUAGACACCAUACACUCCUCGCUCCUCAGCCUGGGCGAUCUGCAUCGCUACUUUCUCGACUUUCGCAUCGAUAGCAAGCUGAGCAUCAGCAAGGAACAGGUGGCCAAAUACUAUUUGGAGGCCUUUAAGCUGAAUCCGGCCAUUGGAAUGGCCCAAAAUCAGUUGGGCACUCUAUACUACGGCCAGAACCACGAUUUGGAUUCUACUUACCACUAUCUGUACUCCCUCGUGUGCAUCAUACCCUUCGAACUGAGCGAAAAUAACUUGAAUAAGCUCUUCGGGAAGCACACUGAAUACCUGGAGCAAAUGGAUCCCGAGAAGCUAGACUUUAGCAUUGAGGACUUCUUCGCCAGGUUCUAUCUCAUUGUGGAUAUUUUCUUCUUCGACAAGGAGGUGCCGGAUUUUAAUGCUCUGUGCCACUGCGUCCUCAUUGAUCUGCGCAAGAUCCUCUGCUCUCAGCAGCUGCGCGUUCCGGAACCCAGCAUCUUCAAGAUUGUGUCCAUCCUGUUCUUCUGCCUAUCGAAGUUAAAGAUGAUAAACUCACCGAAAGUCUACUCGCUGCAUGCCUUUUUGGUGGCGGCCUGCUCGGAUCUUAUGGACGCCUGCAUCGUCAGCAUCGAGCAGACGAUCUUGGCCCGCGCUCAGGACAACGAACGCUUCCAGGCGGAGUAUGAGCAGCGUUUCCAGGAGUUUGACACCGUUGUUCGCAAAUCCCGGAAUGAGUAUAAGAAUUGGCUGGCAGCCGUAGGCGAGUGUGAACGCAAGGACAAGAAGAUGAUGCCAAGACCUCAUUCUCUAAAGGAAUUCAGCUCCGACUCGCGCGAUAGUCAGCACUCUGGCGAGGAAGCGAAGACCCAGGAGGCACCAGAUGGCGAUAAAAUCGGUGAGGCCGUUUCUACGCGCUCCAGCGACGAAGCCAAGGAGUCGGAUCUUAAGACCCCGCUCUCCUGCAAAAGCAAGCGACGUGGAAUGCGUCUGCGUCGCCGUCGUCGCAAGAUUGCCCAGUCGGACGACAGUUCCUGCUACGACAGCGAGAGUGAACUGGACACCGACUUCUACAGCGAUGAGGAGGACUACACCGAUCUGAGCUCUAAUUUCGACACCGAUUUCAGUGACAUCGAUGCCGCUGAUCCUGGCGAGCCUUGCGGUGAAGAGCACUAUGAAGCAGCUUCUUACAACAAGAAAGAUCGCAAAUCUGGCGGCUGUGGAGGAGGCGGCUUGGUCUACUCAGACAAUGAAGAUGUGGUUAUUGAAGAGGAGAAACUCGUGUAUCCCGAGGAAGUGGAGCGCAGAUCCAACUCACAGGAGGUUGACUCUGAGGAACUGCUGCGUAGCUUUGAGGUGCUGCAGCUGAACUUUAAGAGCGCCGAGGAGGCCAAAACUAAUCCGGUGGAGGGUGCCCAACCUGCCCCGCCACCGGUCAGCUUUUCAGAGCCACCCAAAAAGCUGGUGUACCGCAACAAAUACACCAAAAUCAAUCCCAAUAUAAUAAUUGAUUGUCUCCACAAUGAGCCGACCAUCAGAGCCCUGAAAAUGCUCUUUGACUGGCUGCGUAUCAAUCCAGAGAUCCUCAUUGGCUGCUAUCACUCCAAUCCGGAGUUUGUGCACAAGAUAAUGAAGCUGCUCAACUAUUGCAACAUCGACGUCUUCACCAGGAAGGUUUACUUUGAGCGUGAGCUCCUGACCACCGCCAAUGUCCGCGAUUCCCUGGUCGAACUCUUUGAUGUGCGGGCCAAUGUUCCACUUACCGAGGACUUUGCCUUCAAGAAUUUCGACAUUUUCCAGAGCACUCAGAUCACCCUGGACUGGGAGACCAUUAUCCGGGAGCGCGUUACUCCCCAGGAGGAGUCUAUACUCCGUAUUUUCAAAAUGGUCGACUUUGGUUUUUUUAUUUGCAAGCAAAAGAAGUUCAACUACAGGUUCUGCGUGAAAACACGCCGUUUCACCGAGACCCAGAAGAAGAAACAGCGCGAAGAGAAGAAGGGAGGUGGAAAUCGCCGUCGUGAGCGCCGUACCGCUCCGAAAACGAACCGAACAAAGAGGAAUGAAGGACGCACCCGUCGCUACUCGGACCGCAAGAACGGCAUCGUCCGCAAGAGCUACACCAGCAACGAGGAGAAGGACACCGUGGAGGAGUGCCGGAAGGUGCCACGCAAGGGUUACCUAAGGAAUCGUAAUGCCGAGAAGGCUGCCGCGGUCAUAGCUAGUGCCACCGGAACCUCUGUGGCCGGCGGCACGUCCGCCUCCACAACCACAAACAGCGUCAUCGAGAAACUGAAUGUGCAAUCCAGUUCGGGGGCCGAUGAGGAGCGCUCGGAGGCCAAGUCGAAGAAGUGCGAGCUGAUGGGCAAACUGUGGCUACAGAACGAGGUCGAAACCCUGGAAGAGGAGCUGCGGGAUAGUCCCCCGCAUGUGGUUAUGUCCCCAUUUGUAGUCGUCGAUUCAAAGGCAUUGACCGAAUACAAUGGCAUUGUCAAGUCGUUGGUGAGGACCAAGAAGUGCAUUGUCCUCAUCCCGAAUGCAGUGCUCAAUGAGUUGGAUGACUUGAAGAAACGCAGCGAGAAUGUUCGCCAUGUCAUCCGUUGGCUGGAGCAGGAGUUUAAACAGGGCAAUAGGCAUUUGCGUGCCCAGCGCGAUAACGAAAGUCAGCCGCUUUCGCUACUAAAGAUAUCACGCAAGAUGGAUCGUGACGCUUCGGUUUUUCUUCAGAUUGCGCAGUUCUGCAAUCAUCUGGUGGCCAACCAUGCCGAUCCGCACGUAAGCGAACUGCAGAAGAGCGUGGUCACGUACUUGUCGGGCGAUAAUCUGCACGAGAAGAACCGCCAGCAGCAGAACUUCAGCUACACCGGCAUCCUGGACUCGAUACCCGUCCGCUAUGCCCAGAUCCAGAGCUUCUACGCCAAGUUCAAGGCCAACAAAAAAUGAACGGGCCCAAGUGGAGCGGCAAAGGUAGCGGGCGCUAAGGCGGCAAAGGCAACUGCAGACCAGAUGCAAUGCAAUCUAAAAGGGUGCGAGCGUGUUCUCUCUGUACAACCACAAAUCGACACAAGCCGUGGACGACGGCAAAACCAAACCAGCAAUCGCUGCUGCAGCCUCGGUUGUGGCCGUGUUUCCCCCGAAAAAAAGAAACUGAAAAUGUUACCAUCAGCGGGAGCAUGAUCCCCCCAAGAAACAGCCUAUGCAGCAGCAGCAUUGCGUGGAAUUUGCUUGUUGUGUUUAGACCAAAACUAAAACAAAAUACCAAUCAAAAUCGUUCACUUUCAACUCGAUGGCUACAAUGAUGACGACUUCCCAGCUAGUGUUAAAUGGACAAAUGGCAAAUGCAGAACAUAAACAAAAAUGAUACGGAAAAAAAAUCUACAAAAAAAAAAAAAAAUGAAAAGAAACGAACAAAUUUUCAUGAUAACAGCAGGCGAGGCCUGAGCGGUUAACGGACACGAGUUCUUCGUGAAGCAGCUGAGAGGAAGGAGAGCGCGGGAUGGCGGCGAUAGUCAGGAUAGAUCGACCAUAUAAUCGGUUAAAUCGCUUGAUGUACCAAUCCGUAUUCAAUACUGUGACCUCCCUGCGUCGAGUUUGGACCGCGGAUCCAAUGCCCCUCGAUCUUUCCUGCAGUUGUGUUUCGUUCUCGGUUUGGCAGACGGAGUAAAUUUAAAUUUUUUACGCUUCUGACUAGGCAAUCCGCGUGAUCUUCUCUACAAAAACAAAAUAUAUGGUAUAUGUAUUACAACUUACAUUUAAAUGCAGUCUUAACUAAAGUCUCGCUUGUGGGACACACCAUACAAUUUCCCAUAAAGAAUGAAGAAAAAAUGCCGCACAUAUGUAAACGAAAUUCUACAUCAUUUUAAAUGUUUCCAAAAUUGAAAGCUUGUUAGAUUUUGUUUGAUUAAUAAAGCGCCCGACCACAAA